AGAUACGCAGGGCAGCCGCUCUGUACUGGAGGUUACCUCUGGAGCUCCGCUCAAGGUAGCAGCCACUUUGUGUGUUGGAUUGUUCCUUGGGAGAGAACAGGAUGAAACUCACCCUGACUCUCUCCCUGACUGUGGCUCUGGCCAUAGUUUCAUUUAUCUGGGAUGGCUUUGGCCGUUCCAGCUCUCAUGGCCUGGUCUCUGACAGCGAGCAAAAGCUGGCCUUCCCUGAAAAGCAGCUGCUCGCUGACACCCAGGGCCAGGCCUCCAACUGGCUCCAUCAGCUUGGACUUCCUUGCAGAUGGGUCUGGUCCAGGCUGAGCAGAGUCAGUAUUGCAGAGGUCCCAAAGCAGCAGACCAAAGGCACAGAAGAGCAGGCCUUCACGGGGCCCUGGUGGUCUGGCCUUUCAGUGCUCCCUGUCAGGAUCCAGAAGAGUGUCAGCAAGAUGGUCCCUGCUCAGGAGCAGCAGCCUGUCACCACCGAGCACCAGGCUUCAAACUGGCCCUGUUGGCUUGGCCUGUCCACUUGCCCCAGACGGGUCCGAUAUAGGGUUGGCAAAGUUGUCCGUGCAGAGGUCCCAAAGCAGCAGACCAAAGGCACGGAACAGCAGGCCUUCACCGGGCCCUGGUGGUCUGGCCUUUCAAUGCUCCCUGUCAGGAUCCAGAAGAGUGUCAGCAAGUUGGUCCCUGCUCAGGAGCAGCAGCCUGUCGCCACCGAGCACCAGGCUUCAAACUGGCCCUGUUGGCUUGGCCUGUCCACUUGCCCCAGACGGGUCCGGUACAGGGUCGGCAAAGUUGUCCGUGCAGAGGUCCCAAAGCAGCAGACCAAAGGCACAGAACUGCAGGCCUUGAUGGGGCCCUGGUUGUGUGGCCUUCCAAUGCUCCCUGUCAGGAUCCAGAAGAGUGUCAGCAAGAUGGUCCCUGCUGAGGAGCAGCAGCCUGUCACCACCGAGCACCAGGCUUCAAACUGGCCCUGUUCGCUUGGCCUGUCCACUUGCCCCAGACGGGUCCGAUACAGGGUCGGCAAAGUUGUCCGUGCAGAGGUCCCAAAGCAGCAGACCAAAGGCACGGAACAGCAGGCCUUCACCGGGCCCUGGUGGUCUGGCCUUUCAAUGCUCCCUGUCAGGAUCCAGAAGAGUGUCAGCAAGUUGGUCCCUGCUCAGGAGCAGCAGCCUGUCGCCACCGAGCACCAGGCUUCAAACUGGCCCUGUUGGCUUGGCCUGUCCACUUGCCCCAGACGGGUCCGGUACAGGGUCGGCAGAGUCAUCACUGCAAAAGGCCUGAAGCAGGAGCCCCUGGGUAUGGCGAAGAAGUCCUUCAGCUUGCCAUACCCCCUGGACCUCCUCUGGGACUACACUGCUCGGCACACAUUAGCUUCGUUCAUUACGGGGGCGUUGGUAGUCAUCUUCAUUGAGUGCCUACUGUGGAUUGCUCAUCGUCUCUGGAGAUAAGCAGAAAGACCUCUGGAACAGGUGAGUGAUUGAGAUGCAUUGCAGAGGAAAGGGGGCUGCUGGUGGGGAGAGGGAACCACAAAGACCUUGUCCGUGAAAGCUUUCAAGGAGAGCAGGCUCCCAAAGGUCCAGUACCUCUCCCCAAGGACUCGCUCAUUGGCAGGGUGACACCCACCGGAAGCCCCCUGUGGAACACGGGGCCUGCUGGAGGUGGUGCGAGCCCCAUGUGCUGCACUGAGCAGUCCUGUGAGGGUGAACUACCUCCAAAGGAAGCCAAGCCCUGAAAAAUUACGCUCUGUAAUACGAGCCUUUUUCCCUCUCACUGUGAUCGUCCCCUGUUCACUUUCAGAGAACAGAGGAAAUGGUGUGAGCUUGUAAGAAAAAACUGUUCAGAGCAACAGCUGUGAGCAAGAAAAAACUGUUCAGACCAGCAGCUGUGGAGCAAGACAAGUGGCAUGAGAACCAAGGACGCCCUUAGAAGAAGAACGAACAUCUCACGACUCUAAUUGGAUAAGCUUCUGUGUGAACGACUGAAGAGUGUUUUUGCAGAAUGCUCUGCUAACAUGUAUAAACAAAGUAGUGCUUAACAAUAAAGCAGAAUAACAGCUUUUAACCACACUGGUGUGCUGUUGUGUCUCUAGCGUGUCCUGGGAGUCCAGAGACUUCCCCACAUGAGCUUCCAUGGGAAAAUGUCAGAGAAAGGAGACUGCUAAUGGUUACGACCUGGUUUGAGAUGAAUAAAAGGCACACCUACUGGAGGACGUGUCAUUUUGGUGCCAAGGGGCCCGGGGUAUGAGUACCACAAAAGGUGGUGCUGCAAGAGACAGCC